AUGCAUGCUUUAUCCACUCUUAAAAUCCCCCGAUGCUAUGUUACGAAGGAAGGUGAUUACAUAAGUAGCGAUGUUCGGCCUUCGUUGGUGGUAGAUAUUUCAGCCGAUAGUAUUCUUCGGACCUUUAAGACGAAGGAGGAGGAUCUGGAUCGUUUCUACCGGGCCUUUCUGAUGGUGGCCGUCCGUCCGUGGACUCAGGUCUUGACAUAUGCCGAACAUUACUUUCCGUCCGCGAAGUUCACUUACGAGGCACCCGACGUGACGUUCAGCAUUCAUAAACAUGAAAAAUGCGCACCAACUUCUGUCAAACAUUAUCAGUAG